CCAGCAGGAUGCCACCACUUCCUCAGGUUAGGGUACUCACACUCAAUCAAGAUGAGAACAAUCAAUACAAACUCUACAGGCUAGAGAAGGGAUGGAUUCUUCGCUUUGUUCUGGGCCCAAGCUUGAUGUCCUCAAAUGUGCGUUUAUUUUGCAACCACCCAGAUAACCAAAGUACGCAAUACGAAAGGGCCAAGUACUAUGAAGUCCAGUGGAAGACAGCAACUGGGAUCAAAAGUGACAGGACAGACCUGACUGCUGAGGUGAAGAUAGUGCUCGCUGGAUCCUUCAACUAUUUCUUCACUUUGAACAAUUCCACUGAUGUCAAACAGUGUAACGGCUCCGGCUACUUUUUAGUGGACCCCACACUGCACCUGGGUCCCAAUAAUGAGGAGGUACCCAUGGACUCUGUGAUAUGUCAAAGUGUCAUCACUAAACUGCUUGGGCCAUUCCAAGAUUGGUUACCUAGGUUACAGGUAGCCUAUGAGAGUGGCUACAACAUGAUCCACUUCACGCCCAUCCAUGAGCUGGGCAUCUCUAACUCAGCCUACUCCAUCAGGGACCAGCUGCGGCUGAGUCCAGUCUACAGCAAGGGCUCAAGUAAACAAUAUGACCUGACCGAUGUGGAGAAGCUGACCACAUACAUGAACCAAAACUGGUCGGUGAUGAGCUUGUCUGACCUGGUGUACAACCACACAGCCAAAGACAGCCCCUGGCUGUGGCAACACCCUGAGUGCUCCUUCAACCUCAAGAACUCCCCUCACCUGCGACCUGCCUACAUUGUGGACAGGAUCUUUGAGCAUUUCAGCCUGGAGGUCAGCAAAGGUCAGUGGGAGGGUCACGGCAUCCCCAGGACAGUCAACUCGGAGGAUCAUCUCAAUGCAAUAGCUCAUGCACUUCACCAUCAUGUCUUUCACAACUAUAGAAUUCAUGAAUUUUUUUGUAUUGGAGUGGAUCAAGUUAUCAAGGACUUCAAAAAGGCCAUAGAAGGAAACCCAAAUGGUGGUGAUAACCUAAAAGACAACCACUUGACCAUCAUCCAGGACCCUGAGUACAGAAGGUUCAAGUCCACUGUCAACAUCAACCUGGCUCUAAAGCUGUACAACACAGACAGCCGUCAUGCGGAUAUGGGGCCUGGGGUGUUCUCUAGGGAGGACAGGAUCAGGAAAUGCUGCGAGGCUCUGAUGGAGGAACUGGUCCGUCUGAAUGGCAACAAGGAGAGGGAGACCCAGGACCACAUCAACUGUGCUAUUGGCAACUUCAUAGCUAAUGCUAGGUGGCGCUUUGUCACAGAGCAUGGGCCCAGAAUUGCUGAGGUUACAGAGGAGGAACCACUCAUGAAUGGAUACUUUAUCAUACCCAAAGCCCAUGAGGGAAGUGUUGAAAAGGAAGAAAAACUAUCUUACGAAGAGCCCCAGAAUAUCAUGGCAUGCAAUGGAUGGGUUAUGGGGGAUGAUCCUCUCAAAAACUUUGCAGAUCCAGGUAGAACUGUGUACCUGCGGAGGGAGCUGGUUGGUUGGGGGGACAGUGUCAAGCUGAACUACGGCAAGACCCCCAGUGACUGCCCCUUCCUGUGGCAGAGAAUGGAGGAGUACACACGUCAGUCUGCCAAAUUGUUCCAAGGUCUAAGGCUCGACAACUGUCACAGUACACCAAUUCAUGUUGCGGAGCACAUGCUGGAUGUUGCGCGACGUGUCAGACCUGACCUGUAUGUCAUUGCUGAACUCUUCACUGGCAGUGAACAUCUGGACAACCUGUUCAUGAACAGACUGGGGAUCAAUUCUCUCAUCAGAGAGGCGCUGGUGGCCCAUGACUCCCACGACCAGGGUAGACUGGUCCACAGAUUUGGUGGUGACCCAGUUGGGGCCUUCAUCCAGCCUCGUGUCCGACCCCUGGUGCCAUGUAUGGCACACGCCCUGUUCUAUGACCAGACCCAUGACAACGAGUGUCCCAUAGAGAAGAGGUCGGCCUGGGACAUCUGGCCAACAGCGGCCAUGGUGGCCAUUGCUAACUGUGCUAUAGGAAGCAACAGGGGCUAUGACCAGAUGGUGCCCAUACAUAUAAAUGUGGUGAAAGAAAAACGUCUGUACACUUCAUGGACAGACAAAGACAGUCCUGACCGUCCCUGGAUCAAUCAAACCUUUGGUAUCACAGCUGGCAAGAGAGCUUUGAACAAACUGCACUACAAGCUGGCCAGAGAAGGGUAUUCACAGGUGUAUGUUGACCAGGUGGACGGCAACACAGUUUCCAUUACCAGACACAGACCCCAGACACACGACUCGGUCGUCUUGAUUGCUAGGACUGCCUUCCAACAGCCGUGGAACCCAUCAGAUCAGGGCUUUAUAAGACCCAUAACAAUACAGGGAAAAAUUGAAGAAAUUGUGCUUGAAGGUAGAAUGCAACAUGCCAACCAGUUUAGCUACAAAAAGGACAGUGACUACAUUAAUGGCUUGCCUGACUUCUACCUGCCACUGAGAGAGCACUUUCCUGUCCACGAAAGUCAAAUCAUAUCUGUGAGGACUUUUGAUGACGGGCAGACCAAUGAAAUUUCUUUUAAGAAUCUCACCCCUGGCAGUGUUGUAGUAUUGAAAUGCACACUAACUGAGCAUGCCAAAGGAGCUAUACUAGAGAUCCGGAGAGGACUGGGCCAGUUUGGCUACAUGAUGAGGUCCUACAGUGGCAACACCAUGUUUGAUGAGAAGUUUGACUCGUCCAACUUCCGCGUCAUUGUGUCCAAGCUCUCCCUAGCUGACCUUAAUCGAUGCCUGUUCAGGAUUGACCAGGAGGAAAAGGAUGACUGUUAUGGUUUCGGGGCUUAUGGAAUCCCAAACAGAGGAGCAAUGGUUUAUUGUGGACUUAGAGGUAUAACCUCCCAAUUGAAAGAAAUCCGUCCAGUUAAUGACCUUGGACAUCCACUAUGUGGAAACUUGCGAGAUGGCAACUGGUUGCCUGAUUACAUAGCCAACAGGAUGAAACCCCAUCAAAAUCUACAGCAGCUGGCUACUUGGUUUGAAAACAUCUUCACACCUUUGAAACUAAUGCCACGUUUUCUGGUUCCCUGCUAUUUUGAUGCCAUUGUGACUGGCGCUGAUAUUAUAUUGACUGAAGCUGCUCAUGAAUUGAUGUCAGAUUUUGUGAAAGACAGCUCCAAUUUUGUGAAAACCCUGAGCAUGACAUCACUUCAAGUUGUCGGCUACACCUGUCAGGCCAGACUUCCUUUCUUGUCUCCAAAACUGUCUCCUCGUCCCAGAGAGGAGUUCAACAACCACAGCAAGAAGUUGGAGGAGGCUUGUCUUUCCAUGUCUGCUGGUUUUCCCCACUUUGGUGCAGGCUACAUGAGAAACUGGGGGAGAGACACAUUCAUCUCCCUGCGUGGGCUACUUCUGAUCACAGGGAGACAUGAGGAGGCCAGGCACAUCAUACUGGGUUAUGGUGGCACACUGCGUCAUGGGCUGAUUCCUAAUUUGCUGAAUGAGGGGACGGGGUCCAGGUACAACGCCAGAGAUGCUGUCUGGUUCUGGUUGACUGCCAUCAGGAACUACUGUCUGGAGGUCAAGGAUGGAUACAACAUCCUCAAUGAUCCGGUCAGUCGGAUGUACCCAACUGAUGACUCCCCACCCCAGCCUCCAGGCUCACAUGACCAAAAGCUGUGUGAUGUGAUGCAGGAAGCUUUGACCAGACACGCUGAGGGUGUCAAGUUUAGAGAGAGGAAUGCUGGAUACCAGAUAGAUGACCAGAUGACAGAUGAAGGAUUCAACAAUGAGGUAGGCGUGGACUGGCAGACAGGGUUUGUGUUUGGUGGCAAUGAACACAACUGUGGUACAUGGAUGGACAAGAUGGGCAGCUCAGCUAGAGCAGGGAACAAAGGGAAGCCAUCCACACCCAGAGAUGGGUCUGCUGUAGAGCUGGUUGGAAUGUGCGCUGGUGUUGUCAAGUUUCUCUCUGAGGCUAAAAAGAGCAACCUGUACCCAUAUGAUGGUGUGGAGCCCCUACUCAAUGGAAAAAAACAGAAAAUCCUGUUCAGUGAAUGGUUUGAAAAAAUCCAGAAAAGUUUUGAGCAGUUUUACUUCAUUGCCAAGUCCCCCGAUCCUAAGGAGCCUCGUCCAGAUCUAGUUAACAAGAGGGGGAUCUACAAGGAUACACUGAACGCCUCGCAGUGCUGGACAGACUACCAGCUGAGGUGUAACUUCCCUAUAGCCAUGGUCGCAUGUCCAGAAAUCUUUAGUCCUGAGAAUGCUUGGUCAGCAUUGACUGUGGUGGAGAAAGUUUUAAUGGGCCCAUUAGGGAUGAAGACUCUAGACUCAAGUGACUACUGGUAUAGGGGAGACUACUAUAAUGACAAUGAUACCACAGAUAUUCAUGUUGCCAAUGGAUGGAACUACCAUCAAGGACCAGAAUGGUUGUGGCCUGUGGGAUUUUUCCUGAGAGCCAAAUUGUAUUUUGCCAAAAAACUUGAAGCCAAAUCUCCCGGAACUUUACACGCCACCAAGAUGUACGUCAACUCAGUGCUGUGUAAACACUACGAGGAGAUCUUAAAGAACCCGUACAUGGGCUUGCCAGAACUGACCAAUUCUAAUGGACAGUUCUGCCCGGGCAGCUGCCGGACCCAGGCCUGGAGCUCUGCUACAAUCCUGGAGACCAUGUACGACCUUGCCAAGCUUGAUGACUAGAAACGUGGCUCUCAUUGAUAGACCCUGCCGCCCUCUGGCUACUAGAAUUGGUGGUCUUUAGCUUUAAUUUGUUGACGGAGUUGAACUGAUAUCUAAGUAUUGCCACAGCAAGGGGUCCCACACUGCAGGGGUCCCACACUGCAGGGGUCCCUGCAAGUUACCCCACUGUGGAGGUGACAUGACAGGUUUUUGUUUUGACAUAUGGUAUUUGACAUGAAGAUGACAUUUAGAUUUAUUUAAACUGUUGGCAUUUUAUUUUUUUUGAAUAUUCCCAUGAUUACUGUGAUGAUGUCUGUACAUUGCGUGUACAUAAUUUGUGUGUGCUGUUUUAGGAUACUAUAAUGCUGUUUGAAACUUGAAGAACUAUUUGUACUAUAUUUUGUAUGACUAUAUUUUUACUCAAACCCCUGCCCCUUCACAUAAUUUAAAACAGACAGCUCUAUACUAGUGUCUGAGUAACAAGAUUUUUAACUUAGCUCCUGAUGUACCACCUUGGCUGUGUUGUCAUUCAAGUUCCCAUAACCACUGAAUGGUUGUCUUACAAUAACCAGAGUAACUUCCCCUUGUGUCAGUACACACUAUGCUUGUACUGGCCCCUAUUUAGUCACUGUUUACAUGUAUACACUCUAUGAUGAUUCACUAUGUCAUGUUGGUUGUUUUUUUUCUCUAUUCUUUAUAGUCACUAAAUAGUCAAUAAAUUUUCUUCAGUAUUAUC